AUGGCGGUGAACUUCACCAAUGAAGAGCGGGAAGUACUACUUCCGGCAUUGGCAGCUUGUGCUAAAGACUGCUACUUCUUCGAGCGAAAACACAGUUUGGACAAAUUCGCAACUGAGUUAACUGAAUAUAGAGUAGAAGAGAACAUGAGGUCGAGUAACAAGGUCCAGUAUGCAGUGUACCAACUAACAGGCAUUCCAGAACACUCCAACAAACGAGUCCUCGCCAUACGCGGCACUAAAACUACGCGCACCAUCCUCCAAGACAUCAGCAUGUUGGACCCGGGCCAAGUUCUGCGGGAGUACCUGCCAAGUGUGUUCGGACAGUUGGAUGAGACGGACGGAUGGGAUACCAUUAGGGAGAUUUGCAAUAUAGCCCAGGAAGCAGCAGAUAGGAUAAAACCUGAUUUUAUAACCGGCCAUUCUCUGGGUGGGCUGAUGUCUGAGGUGGUCAGCUCCUUCUCCAGGAUACCUGGCUUCUCUUUUAAUUGUCCCGGACCUGUGGGUCUGGUGAACGAAACUUCCUUUCUCAACCCUGAUGUUGAACAUUAUCGGGGACUGAAGUUCGAGGUUCACCUCAGAGAAAAUGAUCCAGUUAGUCAGGUUAACUAUGAACUUCAUUUAAACUCAGAGCCAUUCUGGCAUCCUGGUACAUCACAUCAUAUGGACGAUAUGGCGGAUGAUAUCCAGAGGGAUUUCUCGACCGUAAUGGACAAAGAUGCGUUCAGUAUGAUCAGCUCACCGUUAUUGGGAUUGAACCACAGGGAGUCACGAAAUUCACAGAGGAAGCAGAUACUCAAAUUCUUAUUUAGGAGAAAAUCGUCUUGACGAAUAUCUCUAGAAAUAUUUUGCCAAUACCUCAUCAGU